AUGUCCUUUGUUCGAAAGUAUCUACGUGUACUUGCUGAUCAUCCCGCAAAACCUAUUGCUGACGACGUCACGUUGAGAAAAUUUACGAACAAUUUCUUGCGAAAAGAUGGGGUCUUCAUGUUACGCAUGAUCUCGACACAUGCCGGUGAGUUGAUGAGUAGUGAGCUGAUAUUGGCGUUAUGGCAAGAUUUCAAUAAUGUUGAUCGGACACCGACUCAAUUCUGGGACGCCGAACAUGGACAAGGCACACUUGACUAG